AUGGUAGAAUCUUCAUUGUUAUCAGGAAUUUUUUCCUCAAAUCCAUAUUUUUCAGCAGGAGUUGGAGUUAUCGGGGUAGGAGCAGGCCUAGCAGCCUUAAGAAAAGGGUUGAUGUAUGGACUUACCAUAACGCGUAGACAAAUGCUUGUAUCUCUAGAGAUUCCUUCAAGAGACAAGUCAUAUCAAUGGUUUUUGCAAUGGAUGUCACAACAGUCCAAACAGCGAAUACAUCAAUAUGCAGUAGAAACUAGUUUUAUACAACAUGACAAUGGUAGUGUUAGUACGGCAUUCAGCUUGGUUCCAGGACCAGGAAAACAUUUCUUUAGAUGGAAAGGUGUGUGGUUACAGGUUGAGCGUCAACGAGAUACAAAGAUGUUGGAUAUGACUUCUGGUAGUCCAUGGGAAACCGUCACGUUGACAACAUUGGCCCGUGACCGACAUUUGUUUGGAGAAUUGUUGAAGGAAGCACAAAAACUAGCAUUAGCUAAACAAGAAGGAAAAACUGUUGUUUUUACUAGUUGGGGGCCUGAAUGGCGACCUUUUGGAUUACCAAGAAAACGUAGAUUAUUAGAUUCGGUGAUAUUAGAUAGAGGAGUUAAAGAAAGGAUAGUUAAAGAUGUCAAAGAUUUUAUUAGCAAUGGCAAAUGGUAUAAUGACAGAGGAAUACCAUAUAGGCGUGGGUAUUUGUUGUAUGGGCCACCAGGAAGUGGUAAAAGUAGUUUUAUACAAGCACUUGCAGGGGAGUUGGAGUAUAAUAUUUGCAUAUUAAACUUGGCAGAAUUGGGAUUAACAGAUGAUCGAUUAAAUCAUUUGAUGAGCAAUGCACCCCAACGAAGUAUUAUAUUAUUAGAAGAUAUUGAUGCAGCUUUUAACCCAAAGCAAUUGCCGACAACUACAACAGAAAAACAGCAAUAUCGUGGAAGCGGAUUAUUAAAUGCAUUGGAUGGAGUGGCAUCAUCUGAAGAGCGUAUAAUAUUUAUGACAACUAAUCAUUUGGAACAUCUUGACAAUGCAUUGAUUAGACCUGGUAGAGUUGAUGUCAAAGAGUUGUUUGAUAAUGCAAGUGAAUACCAGAUUCAUAAUAUGUUUUUAAGAUUUUAUGAGGGGGCAGAUAUGUUGGCAGAUGAAUUUGUUAAGAGAGUGAGAGGUAAAGGAGUGAGUACAGCCCAAUUACAAGGACAUUUUGUGUAUUAUAAAAACAAUGCAAAAGCAGCAGUUGCAAAUUCAGAUUCUGUUAUGAAGAAUUGGUAA